CAUCAGAUGGUGCAACCAAUUAAUGUUCUUUUCCACUGUGCAGAAACUAGAGCUGCACGGAGACUGCAGCAUUCUGCAAAAGCUACUCAGACUUCCACAGCAAUCGUCCCAUCAGUGUGAUCAAUCUUCUACUCAAAGUUGUGCUGACAGUGUAUUAACUGAUGAAAGGUUACAAGCUCUAGUGGAGUGCACAAGUACACACGAUGGGGUGUCAAAAGAAGAAUUUGCACCAACAAAAACUCAGUUUUUUAAUUCUAGGAUACAAUGGAGGGACUUCCAUCCAGAGAUCACACAUGUUGCAGAUGAGCAAAUUUGUUUGGAAGAACAGUGUGAGAAGGUCCUAUCUGGAAAAAUGAGGACAACAACCUAUCUUGAUUCCGAGCAAGAAUUGGUCAUGCCUGAAAUUGGUUACCAAUUACUUCACAACUAUGCUGACCAAAUGCUGGGAGCUUUGUAAAGCUAGAGUUCACUUUCUCUGUAACAUGUUUUUAAUGGUGGCCAGCAUUCCUAAUGCUGAAGAAUACAACAGUACUAAUUUCUCAAAAAAACUAUGCUGACCAAAUUCAAAACUGGGGUUGGAUCUGCAACAUUCAUUCACAAGCUUCAAGAUCAUUUGCCAGGAACUUAAAUCUGAUUCACAAGCAACCAACAUAUGUCACACUUCUUGCGCUUGCUGAUACUGAUGUAUCAUCAAUAGUGCCCUCAUCAGUGAAUCGGCUCCUGAAUAACAAGGCUUGCGAGAGUAAGUUAUUAUUUAAUUUAUGAAUUUGGAGCUAUCUUGAUGCUCUCUCGCCUCACCCCCCACAUAAGAGAAAGUGUAAGAAUAGGGAUAUUAGAAUCAAAAGUGAUUUACGAUAUUUUUCGUUAUUCCUGAUGUCUUUGUUUUCAUUUGUGUUGGGAACAAUAACUCCGAUCUUGAUAGAGUGGAACAGAUACAGAGCUGUGUUGGAACUAUAUUUGAUGGUAUGUUUAAGAGAGGAAUUUCAUAUUAUUAAUGACUGCAAUAUCUUUUCAUUUGUUAGUGUGCUCAUGGACAAUCAACUUUUGUCCCUCUUUUGCCAACUUGGGUGCUAUGUAUGGAUCAAAUUAUUGACGGCAAGAGCUUUUUAGAUCAAACUAUUAAUUGGGGGUAUUUAUGUUCAAUUUUGUAUAGUUCAAGGAUAUUUUUGACCUUUUUGGAAUAUAAUUUUAUUUUAUUUUUGUGAA